AUGGCUGCUGCACGUGAGUCCUCCACACAACAUGUUUUGCGUCGCAUUCGACGGAGCGCGAAUCUGACGCGUCAACUGCAGGUCCCAUCCUCGGCCUCCUCGCCAUACUCCUUCUCGCCGGUGGCAUUGUCAUGCAGUUUCUCGUCAUCCUCUCCGGCCUGAACCACUCACCACUGAACCAGGUCUAUUUCCUGCAAGCCACCACUUCCGGCGUCACAGGCGGUAACGAUCAAUACCGCAAUCCGGCGCGAUGGACCUACCUCAAUAUCUGCGGUGUUGGUCCCAACGGCAACAACGCCAACUGCGCUGCUACUCGCGCUGAUCUGCCAUUCGACCCUCCAAGGAACUUUGGCACCACGACUGGCCUUCCCGACACCUUCGAUGGCUCGCACUACUACUACUACCUGAGCCGAUUCGCCUGGUCCUUCUACCUCAUCGCCCUCUUCUUCGCCGUCGUCGCUUUCCUCUUCAGCGUCUUCGCCCUGUUCGCGCGUCUGGGCGCCUACCUCACUGGAUUCAGCUCCAUCAUCGCGGUCUUCUUCCAGUCGCUCGCCGCAGCGCUCAUGACGUGAGUCGGUCCCCCACUGGAUUGCUAGUCCCCCUCGCUAACAUGGGCGUAGCACAUGGGUCGUCAAGGGCCGUGAUGCCUUCCGCGGCAACGGACAAGACGCCAGCAUCGGCGUCAAGGCCAUGGCUUUCACCUGGGCAACGUGGGCCGCCUUCUUCCUCGCCUCCCUCUUCUUCUGCGUCGGCGGCAGCGUUGGAAAGGACAAGAGCUCCAAGAAGUCUUCAUACUUUGGCCGCAAGAGGAGCACGAGGAGCCGCGGUAGCUUCAUCGACAGCAGCAGCGACAGGAGAGUCGUCAAGGACGAGUCAGUCUACAGUCAAGCAUAA